AUUGCAUUGAAACUUCACAACAAAAGUCAUCUAUCUUUCUAUAUUUCAUUCUUACUCUCCCUUAUUUAGCUCAGAGAUUGUAUCAUCAUGUUUCCGAUAAAGAAUAUUGUUGAUGGACUGAUUGGGCAUAAUGACUCAAAGAAAGUGAAAGGAAUUGUGGUGAUGAUGAAGAAGAAUGCUUUAGACUUUACUGAUAUCGCUGGCUCCGUUGUUGAUGGAGUUCUCGAAUUCGUUGGCCAGAAGGUCUCUUUGCAAUUGAUCAGUUCUGCUCAUGGUGAUCCAGCAAAUGAUUUACAAGGCAAACACAGCAAUCCAGCCUACUUGGAGAACUGGCUCACUACCAUAACCCCAUUAACAGCAGGUGAAUCAGCGUAUGGUGUCACAUUUGAUUGGGACGAGGAGUUUGGGCUUCCAGGUGCAUUCAUCAUCAAGAAUUUGCAUUUCACUGAGUUCUUCCUCAAGUCAGUUACCCUUGAAGAUGUUCCCAAUCAUGGCACGGUUCAUUUUGUCUGUAAUUCUUGGGUUUAUCCUGCAAAUAAAUACAAGUCGGACCGCAUCUUCUUUGCAAAUAAGACAUAUCUUCCAAGUGAAACACCAGCACCUUUGCUCAAAUACAGAGAAAACGAAUUACUAACGUUAAGAGGAGAUGGGACUGGAAAGCUUGAGGCUUGGGACAGGGUUUAUGACUAUGCUUUGUAUAAUGACUUAGGUGAUCCUGACCAAGGUGCACAACAUGUCAGACCUAUCUUGGGUGGCUCCUCUGACUACCCGUACCCUCGAAGAGGAAGAACAGGCAGAGCACCAACAAGAACAGAUCCUGAAAGUGAAAGCAGGAUUCCAUUGCUUUUGAGCUUAGACAUCUAUGUACCAAGAGACGAGCGUUUUGGACACUUGAAGUUGUCAGACUUCCUAACUUAUGCCUUGAAAUCCAUGGUUCAAUUCAUCCUCCCUGAAUUACAUGCUCUUUUCGAUAGCACUCCUAACGAGUUUGACAGUUUUGAGGAUGUGCUCAGACUCUAUGAAGGAGGCAUCAAGCUUCCUCAAGGCCCUUUAUUUAAAGCUCUCAUUAGUUCCAUUCCUCUAGAGAUGGUAAAAGAACUUCUUCGAACUGACGGUGAAGGAAUAAUGAAAUUCCCCACACCUUUGGUUAUUAAAGAGGAUAAAACUGCAUGGAGAACUGAUGAAGAAUUUGGAAGAGAAAUGUUGGCUGGUGUGAAUCCUGUCAUAAUCAGAAAUCUCCAAGAAUUCCCUCCAAAAAGCAAGUUGGAUCCUCAAGUCUAUGGUAAUCAAGAUAGUACAAUUACCAUACAACAUAUAGAGGAUAGGUUGGAUGGACUAACAAUUGAUGAGGCAAUCAAGAGUAAUAGGCUUUUCAUACUGAACCACCAUGAUACCAUUAUGCCAUAUUUGAGGAGAAUAAACACGACAACAACAAAAACCUAUGCCUCAAGAACAUUGCUCUUCUUGCAAGAUAAUGGAUGUUUGAAGCCGCUAGCAAUUGAACUAAGUCUGCCACAUCCAGAUGGAGACCAAUUUGGUGCUAUUAGCAAAGUGUAUACCCCAACCGAUGAAGGUGUCGAGGGCUCCAUCUGGGAACUGGCUAAAGCUUAUGUUGCAGUGAAUGACUCAGGUGUUCAUCAGCUAAUUAGUCAUUGGUUGAAUACACAUGCUGUGAUUGAGCCAUUUGUGAUUGCAACAAAUAGGCAAUUAAGUGUGCUUCACCCGAUUCAUAAGCUUUUGCAUCCUCACUUCCGUGACACAAUGAACAUAAAUGCUAUGGCAAGACAAAUCCUAAUCAAUGCUGGUGGAGUUCUUGAGAGUACAGUUUUUCCUUCCAAAUAUGCCAUGGAAAUGUCUGCUGUGGUUUACAAAAACUGGAUUUUCCCUGAUCAAGCACUUCCCACUGAUCUUGUUAAAAGAGGAAUGGCAGUUGAGGACUCGAGUUCCCCCCAUGGCAUUCGUUUGUUGAUACAGGACUACCCAUACGCUGUUGAUGGUUUAGAAAUAUGGUCAGCGAUCAAAAGUUGGGUAACAGAAUAUUGCAGCUUCUAUUAUAAAUCUGAUGACUCGAUUCUAAAAGACAAUGAACUCCAAGCUUGGUGGAAGGAACUCCGCGAAGAGGGACAUGGUGACCUAAAAGAUGAACCAUGGUGGCCUAAAAUGGAAAAUUGCCAAGAGCUAAUAGAUUCUUGCACCAUCAUUAUAUGGACAGCUUCUGCACUUCAUGCAGCAGUCAAUUUUGGUCAAUAUCCUUAUGCAGGUUAUCUCCCAAAUCGUCCUACAGUAAGUCGAAGAUUUAUGCCAGAGCCAGGAACUUCUGAGUAUGAAUUGCUAAAGACAAAUCCUGAUAAGGCAUUCCUAAGAACAAUCACUGCUCAGUUGCAGACACUGCUUGGUGUUUCCCUUAUAGAGAUAUUAUCAAGGCAUACUUCAGAUGAAAUUUACCUCGGACAGAGGGACUCCCCUAAAUGGACAUACGACGAAGAACCCCUUGCUGCUUUUGAGAGAUUCGGCAACAAGUUGAGUGACAUUGAAAAUCGGAUUAUAGAAAUGAAUGGUGACCAGAUAUGGAGGAACAGGUCAGGGCCUGUUAAGGCUCCGUACACACUACUCUUCCCAACAAGCGAAGGGGGGCUCACAGGCAAAGGAAUUCCUAACAGUGUCUCUAUAUAAACCUUAUUGUUAAGUAAGGAGCCAUGUGAACAAGUCUGGAAAUGGAGAAUGAAGAAAGCUGGUGUUUCAAUAAAUCUUGUAAUGAAGUUUCAUUGCUUUAAGUUUAUUUGCCUUAUAUCCAUAUGUUUGAUUUAUUUCCCUUUUAGCACAACCUGUCAUUUGGUUCCAGUUUGUUGUGAGAAUAAUGCAGAUAACAAAUCAUAUAUAUUCUGCAACUUGUAAUUAUUCUGAGUAUUAAUGAUAUACAUCUCAGAAUCAUGUAU